AUGCUAUGGCUAGUGGUGUUUGUUGCUGUGGCUGGGACCACAGGUAUCGUGAGCUGUGAAGGCCGAGGGGAUGAAGAAAGGACUGCGGGAAUCAUCGCAGGAUCAGUGGUUGGUGGAGUGGUCCUCAUCAUUGUAACGAUCAUCACGAUCGUGCUCUGCGCUCUCUACUGCUACAAAAGAGUAACAAGUUUAGAGCAUGUGCUCUCGAGCAAGAGCCGCGAUGACUCGAGAAGGGCCAUGCAAGACGAGAAAUCGAGUCUCAUGACGAAUGAGUACGACACCGUGUGCACGGGAGACGAGCUCUCUCUCAGCAGCUCUGUCUCCCAAUCAAAUCGAGGUCGAGUGAGAUCCUCGCACCCACCGAGAGAGAUAGAGUCAGAGUAUUCCGAGAUCAGGAGAGACUAUAUCAGUAAUCGCAACAGCAAGUCACCGUGUUCUCGCAGCGCCACCCCGACAGACAACCCUCUGGUCUCGGGGAUCAGAGGAGGAGUCGUAUCGUACGGAGCAGUCAGUGGAGACACCGACGACCGUCCGUACAGCUACAUACAAGUGGGAAAGAGAGACGUGGCCGUCAGCCGAGGAGGUCCAAACAGCCUCAGUCUCAUAGUGAUGUUGAUGGUUCAGAGAGUGGUUUCGCUCCAAGGACCAGGGUAACUACCAACGUUCUUCAGUCUCUGGCGCACUGUAAAAGUGGCACAUAUGUACCCACUACCAGGCAGCGAACAGGGCCAAUUGAACCCCAACCUGCACCAGAAAUGGAGACUGAGGAGCCAGUGUAUGACAGGCUGGCUCCAAGGUACGACAGACUGGCAGGGUUCUUUGAUCCCGAGAAAGACUACUGGACUCCAGCCCAGACAACCUCUGACCUCUAUUCCCAGCUCUCUGAUAACAGAUACAGAGAGAUUCCACGACAGGGCAUCAUUAUGCUGGAGCAGCUGGGGGCUGGUCAGUUUGGCCGAGUGUACAAGGGAUUGUGGAUGAGUGAGGGUGAGGCUCUGCACGUGGCGGUGAAGGCUCUACACGAGGAUGGCGGGGAGGAGGACAGAGUCAAGUUUCUGCAAGAGGCAGCUCUCAUGGGCCAGUUCUCCCACUUCAAUAUCAUCAGGCUCUACGGUGUUGUCACUGUCACUGCCCCUUCACUGAUUGUUCUGGAGCUAGCUCUCACUGACCUCCACCGAUAUCUCCGUGGAAUCAGAUUCAGUCAGCAGUACACCAGCUACCUCCCGAGGCAGCUCCUCCAGUUCAGUCUCGACGUGGUCUCAGGGAUGCAGUACCUGAGUGGCAAGAGGUUUGUGCACAGAGACCUGGCAGCUCGCAACAUUCUCCUGGAUUUCUCACUAGUGUGCAAGAUUGGGGAUUUCGGGAUGGCCAGAAACCUGAUGGACGACAGCUACUACAAAUCCACAGAGAACAGACCGCUCCCUGUCAAGUGGAUGGCCCCCGAGGCACUCCUCUAUCGACAAUACUCCUCGGCCAGUGACGUGUGGAGUUUCGGGAUGGUCCUCUACGAGAUAUGGUCCGUGGGGAGGAAGCCAUAUGAACAGCUGACCAACCAGCAGGUGAUAGACAAUCUGAACAGCAAGAUGUGCCACCCUCCACCCCCUGGCUGCCCCAGAGCUAUCUACUCUCUCAUGGUGUCCUCCUGGCACCCGGAGCCGAGGCAGAGGUCCACGUUCCAGCAGCUGUACCAGAGUCUGAGUCAGCCAGAGGAGCUCCUGCUGAGCUGGUCAGAGGAGGAGGAGGAGGUGUCAGAGCUGGCCAGGCAACUGGGAGCUGACCACGCUUACUCACAGAACCUCUACAAUGACCUCCAGAACCAAUACCUCAAUGACACUGACAUGUAUUGAUAGAUGACAUCAUUUCUACUUAUAUAUGAACUCAUUCUUGCACCUCAAUGUGGACAUUGAAUGGCUUGAUGUAUAUAUUGGGUUGUGUCUCUACUUUUUUAUUGAUAUUUUGUAUGGUGUAUACUGAAGUCCACAUUGCACAUCAUUUAGCCCCACUAAGCGUUUCUUCGCCACUGAUCUCUACUUGUCAGUGAAUAUACAAAAGACAUUUUUACAGAG